CCAAAACACGUGUUAGCCUACAGCUCUAACAACACAAAAUGUGUACAUUGGGACACUCGACGGUGAGAUAUUCAGUUUUCAGAGUUUGGGCAACUUUCACUAGCCAUGGCCAUGGAGGAGAACGGGAAGAACACAGCUCUACUCAUCAUAGACAUGCAGAAAGAUUUUGUAACUCCAGGAAGUCCAGUUUGUGUCCAUGGAAGUCAAUCUAUUGUUCCUUCUGUCAUAAAAGCUGUGGAUAUUGCAAGACUCCGCGGUAUUCUUGUAGUUUGGGUUGUCCGAGAACAUGAUUCACUAGGAAGAGAUGUUGAACUCUUCCGCAGACACAUGUAUAGUGGCAAGAAAACUGAUCCUCUUGUCAAAGGAAGCAAAGGGGCAGAAUUAGUUGACGGACUUGUGAUCACUGGAAAUGAUUAUAAGUUAGUUAAGACUCGAUUUAGUGCUUUCUUUGGAACAAAUCUUCAUUCAUUUCUUCAAGCUGCUGAUAUUAAGAAAUUAGUUGUGGUUGGUGUUCAAACUCCAAAUUGUAUUAGACAGACUGUCUUUGAUGCGGUAGAAUUGGAUUAUCAGUCUGUUACAGUGAUUGUUGAUGCUACGGCAGCUGGUAGCCCUGAAGUACAUGUGGCCAAUAUUGUGGACAUGAAGAAUGUUGGAGUAGCGACACCAACAUUGCAGGAAUGGUGCAAGUCUGGUGCAUGAUAUAUGGCUCGGAAGUUCUUAAUCCAAGCAAGGUCUGUUUCCUUGACGACUUUACAUGUACCAUUUGAAAUAAUGUGUAGUUAUGACUUGUUUCUUUUCCUUGGCCAUAACUUAGUAUUUAGCUGUGUGUACCAGAAAAACUACUGAAAUUUACUAUGUAAUAAGUUGUAAUCUAAGGUUUCUUUAUCCAAGUUUUGUUCGAAG